CGGUGAGCGGCGCCGGGCCGGGUCGGAGCUGGGGGAGACCGGCUGCCGGGGCCUCGACAGCGUGUGCGGUGUUUGGCGGCGGAUCGGUGGCGGCCUCUGGCCCUGCCGAGGGUGUUGGGGCCGGUGCCGGCAGUGCUCAGGCCUUCAGGCACAGAACGGCGCUAUUCUGGCUGGUAAAAAGAGUAAAGAAGAGGAGGACCGAGAAAGAUAGCCUUUGGAAGCUGUGUGAAACCUGGGAGGGGGCCACUGCAGGGAGUCCCUAAGGAGAAGAAGAAGAGGAAGAGAAUAGUGACAAUAAGGGAAAGAAAGGCCUGAGAGGCAGAGCUGGAGCUGGUGAAGAAGAGAGGAGAUUUGGUUAAGGCAUUGCCAGGAGAGGCCCUUGACAGGAUCAAGCAGAGGCUGUUUAUUACAGGGGUGGUACAACUGUCACAACAAUUCUCCAGCACAAAGAGCAAACGUGCUGUGAGAGAGUUAAAUUACAGAGCUGCAGUUUGCCUUCUGCCUCCUUCCUGUGUGUUGUUCCAGUGUGGGUUGGGCUGCAGGGCUCGCUGCCACUGCUGCUAGCCACUGGAUGACCUUCCUCUCAGUGAGCAGGACCUGCUGCCUGAGAGAUGUCUGGUGACAGCUCUGUCCCGUGUGACUAGGCAGCAUCUUUGCAGGAGCCCCACUGAGAUCCAGACACUAGCUCACUGAUGCGUUGCUGAGCAUGUUUUCCCACAGAAAAUAAAAUCUCUCUUCUUUUCAGACCUUCAUCUUGUCUGUUACAGUGCCAUGCUGUAUUUAUGAUGUCCAGUAUGUUUUAAAAAAUGGGGGUUGGGUCUUUCUGUAUAGCCAUAUUGCUGUUUCACUUUGAUUACAUUUGUUUGUAAAACUAGGGGUUUGGUUUUCUUUUACUGUCAGUAUGCAAACAGCUGCAGGAUGUAAAACGCACAGUGGACAUUCCCUUGCCCUUUCUUGCCCUGUGUGUGUGCUGCUACCGCUUAGGCAAGCAGAGCGGCUGCCUGCAAAAACCAGCUGCUGGCAUCCAUAGAGACAUGGGAUUUGUAAUUCGUGGAUGCUGACUUAUUGCAGGGUGGGUGCUGUCCCAGGCGCUUGCAGAUAGUUCUUUCAAUAACUUAAUAAAUAAAGAUUAUGCCAUAUAAAAUAUAGUCACGUGACAAAGGCCCUUCUUGUUAUUGACUGCUGAGUGCUAGUUACACUUAAAAUGGACGAUGGUCAGCUGAGCACACAAAGACGAUGGAGACAGGCACAGCUUUACUGCUUGCAGAGCACAAUUCUGUAGUCCAGGCUCCCCAGCAAACACAUAUUCCAGGAGCCCUCUGCCUUUAUUUACGCUGAUCAUUUGUGCCACUGAGACGGAGUUAUAGUCAAAACUAAAGAUGCCGCUCUUCUUCCGUAAGAAGAAACCCAGUGAUGAUGCUCGGAAGCGCCUUGAAUACCAAAUGUGCCUGGCAAAAGAAGCUGGUGCUGAUGACAUUCUUGACAUAUCCAAAUGUGAACUCUCAGAGGUUCCUUACGGGGCCUUUGCAACUUGUAAAGUCUUGCAAAAAAAGGUGCUGAUUAUUCACACAAAUAAUCUGACAUCUUUAGUUCCAAAGUCCUGCAGCCUCUCAAGUCUCAUAACUGUGAAGGUUCUAGACCUGCAUGACAACCAGCUGGCAUCACUUCCUGCUGAUAUCGGCCAGCUGACAUCUCUGCAGGUCCUAAACCUUGAAAGGAAUCAUUUAAAAUGUCUUCCACAAUCUAUAGGAGACCUUGCCCAGCUCCAGAUGCUCAAUGUGAAAGGUAACAAGCUGAAGGACCUGCCCGCUGCCGUGAGCGGUUUGCGGAGCCUGCGCACGCUGGACGUCAGCGAGAACGAGCUUCAGGAGCUGCCGCGGGUGCUGGCUCACGUCCGCACGCUGGAGACGCUGACCCUGGAUGCCUCUUCCAUGACGUACCCACCACCUGACAUUUGCAGUGCCGGUACAGAGUCCAUUCAGCGGUUCCUCUGCAAAGAGUGUGGAAUUGCCUACUACCCUCCCUCGCAGUAUCUGCUCCCUGCCCCAGGGAGUGAUGGAGGAGGAACGUCGGUGGAUGGGAUGGACAGGGCAGUGCAGAAAUACCUGGAGGAGGAGAGUGAGUGGCAGAACAAAUUCUUGGAUUAUGAGAAGAGGAAGGAAAAAAAAAUGCAGGAGAAGCUGGAGUUUGAGCGGCGCCUGAACAUGGGGCAAAGAGAACACGCGCUGCUCGUUCAGCAGAUCAACAGCCAGAAGGAUGAGAUGCUGCAGACCGUGAGAGAGGACCAGCUGCGGCUGGAGGAGGGUCUGACAAAGCACCAGCGCUGUCUGGAGGAGGAGCGCCUGAAGCUGUUGCAGCAGCUGAAGCAAGCGGAGCAGGGCAUUGCCAGCCGUAUCCAGAAGCUGCUAGAGGACAACCAGAGGCAAAAACAAAGUUCAGACAUUCUGAAAUCCUUGGAGAAUGAGAGAAUAAGGAUGGAACAGCUGAUGGCAAUAACACAGGAGGAGACAGAGCAUCUACGCAGAAGGGAAGUGGCCGCUGCCAUGCAACAAAUGCUGGCCGAGAGCUACAAGAACAAGCUCAUCCAAAUGACCUACGAGUCUCGUCGGCAAGACCUGGUCAACCAGGCGUGCUCCAGCCUAGCAGAGAUGGAUCAGAAGUUCCAGCAAAUCCUGGCUUGGCAACAGCUGGAUCAGAACAAAGCUGUCAGCCAGAUCUUGCAGCAGAUUGAGAUGCAGAAAGCUGCCUUCGAAGCUCUCCAAGUGAAGAAGGAUCUUAUGCACAGGCAGAUCAGGAACCAGAUUAAAUUAAUAGAAACAGAGUUAUUGCAGCUGACACAGCUGGAGUUAAAGAGGCAAGAACUGGACACAGAGACGCUGCAGGGGGUGAUCGCAGAGCAACGGCAAGCGCUUGGCUACCUGCUGCAGCAGCUGCUCAAAGAAAAGAAGCAAAGGGAAGAAGAACUGCGACAGAUACUGCUGGAAAUGGAGGCAAAGAGCGAAACCAAACAGGAGAACUACUGGCUGAUCCAGUACCAGCGCCUGCUGAACCAGAAGCCACUCUCCCUGAAACUCCAGGAGGAGGGCUUGGAGCGGCAGCUGGUGAACCUUUUAAUUGAGCUGUCUGCUGAACAGUACGUGCCAGUCUUUGCACACCAUCGAAUAUCCUUGCAAGCACUCAGCACCAUGACUGCCGGUGACCUGGAAAAGAUCGGCGUGACGGAGGCUGGCCUGCAGCGUGCCAUCCUCAAGCGAGCUCAGGAGGUCCUGGCUGUGGCCAGGACAAUCCCAGAGCUGCUGAGGACAGUGAGCGAGGAGGUCCCUGCCGCCCCGGAGCCCAGCGCUCCCUUCGAGGAGCUGCUGAGCCCUGUGGUCCCGACGGCUCCACCGCUGCAGUGGGAUGAGAAGAAGUCAGAGUGCGUUGUCUGCAUGGAGCAGGAGACCCAGAUGAUUUUCCUGCCCUGCGGCCACGUCUGCUGCUGCCAGACCUGCUGCGAGCGGCUGCGCACUUGCCCCCUGUGCCGCAAGGACAUCGCCCAGCGCAUCCGCAUCUUCCACAGCGGCUAGGCAGGGUGGCGGGAGGUGAGGCUGCCCGGCACUGCCUCCGGCACCCCUGCCCGGACACACGGCCCUGUUUACUCCGUGUCAGUAUUAAGCAGACACUCACCCAGCAUGACCAGCACUGCCCUCCCCGUGCACGGCCCCCAGCUGGCUGCACCCAGGGGUCUCAGCAGCCGCCGUGUUCCCCGAUGGCUUCUCAGCCUCUGCCUUGGGUUCCUUCUUCAUCUGUGUCCUCCCCUCCUGCCUGCCCGCCCAGCAUCCUUUUGCCUGGGGGCACUGGGUGAUGGAACUGGGGGCACCCAUGGCCCCUCCUCUCUGGCUCAUGUAUUUGCCUUCAGAAACAGCCCUGGCUCAGCAGGGACACGGUCGGUGCCGUCUCUGAAGCCGCUGUGACCUCGCAGCUCCUGCGCUGUGGCCAGGGCACUGCUGCGCUCCUGCGCUGUUGCCCAGAGCUGGGUGACUCUCCUGCGGGAGGAUUCAGCUGGGGCGUGUGAUGCUGUGGAGUGCUGAUGGUGCCUUGACCCUUGGUCAUGCCAGAGGCCUGGGGCUUCUGCUCUGGCGACCCCUGGCAGUGUGUUAGGGGCUGCAGCCACGGGCAGCGGGUGCCAGAGCAGAGCAAGGAGCUCCCCCACCCCUCAUUUGUGCUCCUGUGGUAGGGGAAAGUCUGCAACGGCCCCAGCUCCAGGACUCAGGGUGGGGGGAUCCAGCGUGGCCGGAGGAGCCCGGUGCCAUCCCUCAUCCCAAAAAACACGUGUUGGGAGCAGAAAACCUUGCUGCCGCCCAACAGCCUGCACGAGUCCGGCACUGAGCGGGUGGGCUGGGGCUGUGCCCAGUGCAGCUCUGCAUUGCCUCUGUGUAUUGGCGUGCAGGUAGUUCUCCAUCAUCAUUAAUAAGUAACGAGCCCAGUCUUGUCUUUUUGUCUCUUGACCUUGAAGUAUAAAAUGCAUAAGCCGGGUUCCACCGCAGCCCUUCCCCCGGGAGAAGCUAUUAAAAGCAGCUGGUUUCUGCUG